AUUCGUCGGUGAUGCCUAGCGCUAAGACUGCUUCCUUUCUAACUCCGUACACUACCACAGUGACUGCAGUGACUACACAGCAAUUAUUAACUACUCCCACAGUCAUAACUACCUCUACCUAGGUACUUUGUAACUACACACACACUGGCAGUGACACUCUCUUACACAAUACUAUGGUGACAUGGUCCCUCUCGUCCCUCAACUUCUCCUCUACCUGUACGGUGUACCCUAUCCGACGCACCCCACGGCUCUACUUCCACUCUGAGAGUAGUUGGCCCAUUCGAAGAGAAGGCUUUCCCCUUUUCACCUCCCUUUUCAUCAUCGUUCUACAACAAUUAGUGGCUGUAUGUUGGGAUUACAGUAACUCCUCGUACUCUCCCCUAUGCGACGGUACAACUAUCCGUGCUACAGCCUUCAAGCAGCAUCCGCUCCCCAGACAAUCUCUCCAUCGGGUUCGCGGCUGCCAUCGCCCUCCUGCAACACACCACCCUUUCUUCUCACCCCCAAGCCAUACAUAGACCGUACAGUGCAGUGCAGGGUUGAGCCAUGCUUCCACAUGGGAACGAGCUGAACGCGCUGGACGAUGCUGCAGGCACUUCAUCUGGAUAUCCGGCUCUGUCGCACCUCCCUCGUCUUUAC